CUCGUUGCCUUCCUUCUCCGUCGUUCCCUGUCUUCCUCUUCCGGAGAUCGGUUGCCAGCUCCACAGAGAAACCCUAGAAAUCUCGCUCUGCCAAAAUGGGUAUUUCCCGUGAUUCGAUGCACAAGAGGCGUGCCACUGGUGGCAAGAAGAAGGCUUGGAGGAAGAAGAGAAAGUACGAGCUUGGAAGGCAACCUGCAAACACAAAGUUGUCAAGCAACAAGACAGUUAGGAGGAUCAGGGUCCGAGGUGGGAAUGUGAAGUGGCGUGCCCUGAGACUUGACACAGGAAACUAUUCAUGGGGAAGCGAGACUGUGACUCGAAAGACCAGAAUUCUUGAUGUGGUGUACAAUGCCUCUAACAAUGAGCUGGUUCGUACUCAAACAUUGGUGAAGAGUGCUAUUGUUCAAGUUGAUGCAGCUCCAUUCAAGCAGUGGUAUCUUCAGCACUAUGGUGUUGACAUUGGUCGCAAGAAAAAACUCACAGCUGCCGCCAAGAAAGAUGGAGAGGAAGGUGAAGUCCCUGCUGAGGAGGUGAAGAAGAGCAGCCAUGUCCUGAGGAAGCUGCAGAAGCGUCAACAAAACCGCACACUUGACCCUCAUAUUGAGGAGCAAUUUGGAAGUGGUCGUUUGUUGGCUUGUAUUUCAUCACGACCUGGCCAAUGUGGUCGUGCUGAUGGAUAUAUCUUGGAGGGCAAAGAGCUUGAGUUCUACAUGAAGAAGAUUCAGAGAAAGAAGGGGAAGGGAGCUGGUGCCUCCUAAAUUUUUUAUUCUUAAUCUAUUUGUCAGUCCUGUCUUCACUCUUUCUUGAAAUUUCAACUUCUAAAGUCUGUUUUAUGGUUGAAGCUCUUAAAGCUUGAGGAUCUUCUGUUGUUACAUACACUUUUGAGUUGCUAAAUGUUUAGAAAUCAUCUCUUCCAACAUAAUCUUUUCAUUUAUUAAUUUUAUGUGUUUUCUUUGUUCUGCAUUCAGCUCUUCAGUUCGGAGUUUUAAUUCUUUCUUGACUUUGUAUAAUGCCUGCAUUGUUACAUGAGCCAAAAUCUAGGAAAAUUUUUGUCAAAAAGAAGGUAUAAUAAAUGAGAUUCAAAUUU